GCUUCGCUCGCCGCCUCGCGCCAAGACUAGAAGCGCCGCUGAAAGCACGGACAGUGGAGAGGGCGCUGCGCUCGGGCUACCCAAUGCGUGGACUAUCUGCCGCCGCUGUUCGUGCAAUAUGCUGGAGCUCCAGAACAGCUAAACGGAGUCGCCACACCACUGCUUGUGCUGGAUUGCAGCGCUGCCUUUCCUUAUGAAGAAGACACAAACUUGGAUUCUCACUUGCAUUUAUCUUCAACUGCUCCUAUUUAAUCCUCUCGUCAAAACUGAAGGGAUCUGCAGGAAUCGUGUGACUAAUAAUGUAAAAGACGUCACUAAAUUGGUGGCAAAUCUUCCGAAAGACUAUAUGAUAACCCUCAAAUAUGUCCCCGGGAUGGAUGUUUUGCCAAGUCAUUGUUGGAUAAGCGAGAUGGUAGUACAAUUGUCAGACAGUUUGACUGAUCUUCUGGACAAGUUUUCAAAUAUUUCUGAAGGCUUGAGUAAUUAUUCCAUCAUAGACAAACUUGUGAAUAUAGUGGAUGACCUUGUGGAGUGCGUGAAAGAAAACUCAUCUAAGGAUCUAAAAAAAUCAUUCAAGAGCCCAGAACCCAGGCUCUUUACACCUGAAGAAUUCUUUAGAAUUUUUAAUAGAUCCAUUGAUGCUUUCAAGGACUUUGUAGUGGCAUCUGAAACUAGUGAUUGUGUGAUUUCUUCGACAUUAAGUCCUGAGAAAGAUUCCAGAGUCAGUGUCACAAAACCAUUUAUGUUACCCCCUGUUGCAGCCAGCUCCCUUAGGAAUGACAGCAGUAGCAGUAAUAGGAAGGCCAAAAAUCCCCCUGGAGACUCCAGCCUACACUGGGCAGCCAUGGCAUUGCCAGCAUUCUUUUCUCUUAUAAUUGGCUUUGCUUUUGGAGCCUUAUACUGGAAGAAGAGACAGCCAAGUCUUACAAGGGCAGUUGAAAAUAUACAAAUUAAUGAAGAGGAUAAUGAGAUAAGUAUGUUGCAAGAGAAAGAGAGAGAGUUUCAAGAAGUGUAAUUGUGACUUGUAUCAACACUGUUACUUUCAUAUAUUGGCUGGUAACAGUUCAUGUUUGCUUCAUAAAUGAAGCAGCUUUAAACAAAUUCAUAUUCUGUCUGGAGUGACAGACCACAUCUUUUUCUGUUCUUGCUACCCAUGACUUUAUAUGGAUGAUUCAGAAAUUGGAACAGAAUGUUUUACUGUGAAACUGGCACUGAAUUAAUCAUCUAUAAAGAAGAACUUGCAUGGAGCAGGACUCUAUUUUAAGGACCUGCAGGACUUGGGUCUCAUUUAGAACUUGCAGCUGACGUUGGAAGAGAAAGCACGUGUCUCAGACUGCAUGCACCAUUUGCAUGGCUCCAGAAAUGUCUGCUGACAAAACACCUAGCUUUAUUCUUCAGAUACAAACUGCAGCCUGUAGUUAUCCUGGUCUUUGCAAGUAGAUUUCAGCUUGGAUAGUAGGGGUAACACUUUUUCUCAAAGGGAUCUAGAAAAAAAUGUUUAAAACUCAGUAGUGUCAGCCACUGUACAGUGUAGAAAGCAGUGGGAACUGUGAUUGGAGUUGGCAGCAUGUCAGCUUUAUAGUUACUGAUUAGUGAUAUGGGUCUGAUUUUGAUCUCUUCCCGAUGUAAACCAUGCUCAUCCAUAUCCCACUAAACAAAUGCAAAUGGUUGCCUGCUUCCAUUUAUGCAAGGGAGCCAGUACUGAAUUAUGCCUUGGCAGAGGGGAGACUCUCCAAAAGAGUCAUCGCAGAAAGAAGUUAAGAACACUGAAUAUCAGAACAGUCUGCUGAGGAGGACAUCGGCAUCCUGGGAAAGUCUGCCUUUUCCCUUGACCACUAUGGGGUGUAUAAAUUGUGUUUGCAAAAUAUGUUAUGAUGUGUUUAUACUCUAAAACUAUUACAGAGCUAUGUAAAGGGACUUAGGAGAAAAUGCUGAAUGUAAGAUUGGUCCCAUUUCAAUUUCCACCAUGGGAGAGAAUAAAAAUAAAUUAUGACAUUUAGUAUCUAACAUUAGAAAACCAAGCCCACGUGCUAAUAUGGGUGUUGAAAACUAGGUUACUUGGAAUGCAAGGAAUGAGGAAACUUUAGUUAUUUAUAGUAUAAUCACCAUUAUCAGUUUAAAGGAUCCAUUUAUUUAAAAUCAGGCACUCUAUAUUCAUUAAGCUUUUUGAAUUAAAAAUAAAAAGAAAGCUUUAUGUAGUUAUGCAUGUCAGUUUUGCUAUUUAAAAUGUGUGACAGUGUUUGUCAUAUUAAGAGUGAAUUUGGCAGGAAUUCCCAAGAUGGACAUUGUGCUUUUAAACUAGAACUUAUAAGACAUUAUGUGAAUAUCCCUUGCCAGUUUUUUUAAUAUUCAAGAAAACGUCCGAGUAAAGUCAAAGAAUGAUUUCUUAUGGUUUAUUUUGAUGAAAGUUCUUUUAACAUGUCUUGAAUGUACACAUAAAGGAAUCCAAAGCUUUCCUAGUAAACUUAAUCUGUGUGAUAACAUUAUUGCCAUGUUCUACAACCAUAAGAUGACAGUUUUCAAUGUAGUGACACAAAAGGGCAUGAAAACUAACUGCUAGCUUUCCUUUCAUUUCAGAAGUCCAAGAAUUUCUAGUAUAUUUAGAUUUUAGCUUCUGUUCAAAGCUAAUCCAGAUGCAACUCCAGUAAGUGGCCUUUGCUCUUUUUUGUACCAAAGAGCCCAGAUGAUUCUUACAGUCCCUUUCUUCUCUAACAUGCUGUGGUUCCUUAAAUAUGAGUAAUUUCUCUAAGAUGUAACCCAGGUGCUUUGAGAAGCUGCAUUAAGGUGUUCAGGCCCUCAGAUAUCCCAUGGUACACUUGAUUAGUAAUAAAACCAGAGAUCAACUUAAUUGCUGAUAGGUCCUGUCUCGGUGUGUAGCAUUGAUUGUUUUCAGGAAAAUAGAUAGAGAUUAAUAUGAGUUAUGUGUAUAGGUCGUGUAUAGAUUGAGAAGAUAGAUACUUCUCAAUCUAGUAGUUUGAUUUAUUUAACCAGUGGUUUCAGUUUGCUUCAGCAUAUGAAAAUGCUGCUUAAUGUGCUUAAGAGUAUAAUAAAUGUACUUUUGUCCUCAAACCUAGUAGCUGGAUUUUAACACUCAUGGACUUGGUCUUAAUCAAUGGAAUUAAAUAAACAAAUUCAAUAAGUUAUUAAAUCUGACAUGGUAGGAGAGGGGAGAUGUGUCCUGCUUAUUAAAUGUAUUGGUCCACUGAAAGUUACAUGGAUUGCCAAUUUUUAAAACACUAAAGUUGAAUAAAAUGCAUGAACAAUAGAAAAAUGCUGAACGUUAUUUUGGAUGCUAGCUGCUUGGACAUUAACUGUGUCAUUUCUGCUUUGAGAUAAAAAAAUAUAUAUAUUUAUCUUUGCUUAUUUUAUCCCAGAUGUGUUCUGAAUAUCCUUCUUCAUAAAUCAUGGAAAACUCACUGCUGACAUAGUAAACCAUGAAAUCGCCUUUUCAGUUGGUGCCAUGUAUCUGAUAGUUCCAUCUUACAAGGUUUCAAAAUUACCUUUUAAAAUGAUCUCAGAAGUCUGCAGAUUCUCAACAAUACUGAAAGCUUCGUACUUCUUUGGUAGAAACCAAGUCUAUUUAAAAAACGGCUUUAUGAUAAAUGGUGCCUCCUGAGUGAUAAUGAAGUGUUGCUGGAUAUUGUGUUGUAAUUUAAUGCGCUUACCACACUGCCACCUUUUAAUGAGUCAGAGACAAAUUGAUUUUUCUUCAAUACAAUAAUAGAACAAGUAGCCUAUUCUCUUAAAAAGUAUGUGAAAAAAUGAAAAUUAUGAAAAAUUUAUGCAUACCUAAUGAAUUACUGGUUUUAGUAAUAAAUAAAUACAUUUCAUUGAACUUUAAAGUACUUUGGAGAAACUUUGUAUCCAGUUUUGCUACUCUAAUUCAACUGAAGUUAUAAAUAAAGAGAAAAAUUCAUUCAGAAAUCAUGGAUAUUUAAAAAUGUUUCACUGCAGCCAAGUUUUCAUUUCAAAAUGUAAUUCCAGUUUGGAGCUUUUAGGCAUUCUGUAUAUUUAAAAAAUAUAUUCUUCAAAAAUGCAUUUUGGCCUGGUGGAAUGGAUGUUGCAAAAGAUCAUCCAGAGCCUCCAGUGUGUCAUUAACUGAUAUGGUAGAUCACCUCUCCUCUUUGGAUCUCAAUUUUGUAUUUAUCUAUAUGGUAAACUCAGAGAUCACUCCUUAGGGGUGAGUCCUAUUGCAAUAUGACUGACAAAGAAGAUAAAAUAGCAUUGAAACUAACCCAUAGAAAAUAUCCAAUUCUGGACUCUGUGAAUAAGUAUCUUGACCAUAAAAAGUCAUUGCUGUUCUUGUUGCUAAUGUAAAUAGUGUCCAUUAGUAAAAGUGAAAUUCAGUCUCAAGUAGGGUGAAUUGGAUCACCAUUUACACAAGAGAUGGCUUUUUCCUUUGCUUAAAUAAACAUUUUGGAUCACCUCCAAAGAAUGAAAACCAGUAGUACAUUUUAGUCAUAUUAGUCAGGAUCAGAAACUGUAAGAUGUGUAUAACAUUUGGAAAUGCACCAAAGUGAGCAUUUAAAUCUUCUCAUUUUAUUGAAAACUAAGAGCAAAAAAUGUAAAAUGCUCAUAAAGUUUUUGAAUGCCAAAAGAUAUUUUAGAACCAAUUUAUAAAGGGGUAAUUCAUUAAUUACACUUUAAAAUUGGAAAGUGGGAUAAGAAUUCUAAAGUAAACCAGCUUAUCUUUGAAACAACAUUAUUUUGAAAUUGGCUUUAAAAUAAAACCAUUAUUGAAAUUCUAAUUAGUUCAUUUGUGGAAUUAGAUCACACAAUUCAUAGUGUUGCUGCUUUCCACUAACUAGUCUUGAAAUGCCUUUGUUUGUAAAAAUAAAAUAAUGGUACUUUCAUUUUAUAACAAGGUGUUUUUUUAAAGAAGUAAUCCAUGCUAAAGUGGAUAUUCGUGAUCCUGAAAUGUUUACUAACCAUUGUAAAUUUGUUUAUAACUGCCAUCUCCAACUACAUCCUUAUGAUGUUUUUAACAAUAAAAUUAAAACAAUUGUUUAAACUAAAAACCACACCGUUUUCCAGUACUUGAUCUCUGAGCUACAAGACUCACUAAAUAUAAUUUUCCAAUCAAAAUAUUCUAUUCUCCUAUAUUCUAAGGAUUAAUAUGUGAUUAUAGUGUCCACUUGCCACCAUUUUUUUAACCAAUGGACUUGAAAAGUAUUAAUUUAGAUGGAUGCACAGAUAUACCCUUAGUUCAGUCAUAGAUUGGAGUUUGCAUAUAAUAAUGUAAAUGUAUGUCAACACUAUUCUAAAUAGUUUUAUUAUGACUGAAAUUUAAUUAAAUAAAAAAGGUUGUAAAAUGUGAUGUGUAUGUGUAUAUACUGUAUGUGUACUUUUUAAAAUAGGUGUAUGUCCCAACCCUUUUUUAUACAGGUUUGAAUUUAAAUUUACAUUAUAUAUACAUAUACUUUAUUGUUCUAAAUAAAGAAUUUUAUGCACUCUCA